UUCACUCGAAUACUGACCAGCUAUCGGUAUUAGACAAAGGAAGCUCUGCGGCUGUGUGUGCCGGCUAAUGGUCGGAAGUGCCGGUGUUGUGGCUUGGCAGGUAAGCCGGAGAAAUAAUGCGGGCAGAGGAGUAACAACGCUGGUCCUCACCGCCAUCAUUAUCAGCGUGACCAUCCAUCUUCCUAUCUCUCCAUCAGACUGUACAUCCAUAUCGGCUCUGCUGAUACCCUCCUCACCACCUUCUGUCCACAUUUCAGACAUGUCGAUCAAGACUGCCCUGACCGACGCCCUCGGUCUUCGCGUGCCCGUAGUGCAAGGAGGCAUGCAAUGGGUCGGUCGUCCUCAGCUAGCCGCCGCCGUCUCCUCCGCCGGUGGUCUAGGGAUGAUCACUGCCCUCACUCAACCUUCGCCCGACCACUUGCGUCAAGCGAUUCGAGAAGCUCACUCUCUACUCAAGCCUGGAGUGAGGGAGAGGAGCAAAUUCGGUGCAAUUGGCGUGAAUAUUACCCUUCUGCCUUCGAUUAAUCCGCCGGAUUACGAGGGGUACGCUAGAGCGGCACUUGAGGAGGGCAUUAGGAUCUUUGAGACGGCGGGCAACGCUCCCACAAAGAUCAUCAAGCUGGUCAAGCAGCACGGAGCGUACGUGAUUCACAAGUGUACACAAGUCAGACACGCCGUGUCUAGUCAAAAGAUGGGCGUCGACUGCCUCAGCAUUGACGGCUUCGAGUGCGCCGGCCACCCUGGAGAGAUGGACAUUGGCGGUCUUGUGUUGCUUGCACGCGCCAAAGAAGAGCUCACCAUCCCCUUUAUCGCCAGUGGAGGUAUGGCCAACGGAGACGGUCUCGCUGCCGCUCUAGCUCUUGGCUGCUGUGGUGUCAACAUGGGAACGCGAUUCAUGUGCACCGUUGAAUCUGAGAUCCACCCCCGCAUCAAGCAAACCAUCGUCGACAGCACCGAGAACGAUACUGUCCACCUCUUCCGUACUAUGCGCAACACCGCUCGCGUCUACAGCAAUGCCGUUGCUCGCGAAGCCAUUGCCAAGGAACGAGGUGGUGCCAAGUUUGAAGAAAUUCAACACCUAGUCUCGGGUGCAAGGGGAAGGACAGUUUAUGAAAAGGGUGAUCCAGAAGCAGGAGUUUGGAGUGCGGGCAUCACACUGGGAUUGAUUCAUGAUGUGCCUACUUGUGAGGAAUUACUGGUGAGGAUUGAAAAGGACGCCAUUACAAGGAUUCAGACGAUGGGCGCAUUGGUGCAUCCUGCAAAGGCGGUCAGUAGUGCGGUGCAGGAGAGACAGAGCAGGCUUUGAGCUCCUGGCACCCUUUCGCCGCCACAUGACUGGUCCCUGUAUAUCUUUUCUAUUUAUCCCUGCUUCGUCAUUGCUUCCCCAUUGGACCCUUGAGACUCGAUCCUGCUACAACACUAAUGCUACCACGAUGCAAAAUUGGUCAUC